AUGAAUACGACCACGCCAGACUCCGUCUCCCAAGGCCCAACAGCGACUGCGCCGCUGCCGGAAGAUGUGCCGGGCAAAAAGUCCACAAAGAAACGCGUCAGGAACUUUUCCGCCGAUGACCGCGCCGCCCAUCGGAUCUUUGAAAGGGGUCGCCGCUCAGCCUUCAAGGAACGCUUCACUGAACUCGCAGGCCAGCUACCCGUCCUCACAGACACUGAUCCCGAGCGGCUAUCGAAACAUGUCGUCGUAAAUGAGAGCAUUGCCCGCCACAAGCUCCUAGAGAGCCGAUGCGUCGACGCUCUUCGAGAUAUUGAGUCCUUGCUACAGGAGCGUGAUGAGCUGUUGGCAGAGAUCAAUGUCUGGAGAGGCAACGCCGGCGCGAGCCCCCAGCUGCCAAAAAGCAUUUCUCAUGUCGCGGGUCUCGUACAGACUGAGGAUGAAAUACUGAGUCGCGAAGCAAAAGGCCGCUACAUACGCGAAGAAAAUGGCUCCAGCGAAGCUACGGGGUCUCGUGACGGUCAAGUUCAGGCUGCAAUAGCAUCUAGCACCCACCCGAGCAAAGCAUCUCACCUCGCGCAGGUAGUGGAAGUGGAUCAGACACAGGAUAUCAACUCAGUUUCUGACCUAAGGGACCUGUUGCGCGACACGUCAUGGUCUCAAGCUACUCAGACAUAUGUACCAGUGUUCCCUCCCGAGCCUGCUCUUACGAGCCCAGACGGCGUCCCAAUCAUACCACCGACCAUCACACAGGAGUCUCUGCGAGUGGCGACGUCCGAUGCAAACAACUAUCGAAUGUUCGUCGACGUGAAUCCAACACAGCAGGCGCUGCUUCCUCAACAUGGACACAAAUCAGUUCCCUGUUGUCAGAGCCCUCCCGGAUAG